AGAACCUCUUGUUUGGAUCUUGAGAGUUUUGUUUUUCUAGCAUCACAACACUACACUGUACAGUCUAUCCCUCUCAUCCCGUCAUUGUCCAAGUUGGUGCAAUAGCAGACCUGUUCAAACCCAAACAAGAUAGCCACAAAGGGUUCUGAUUGGUCCAGUCACAUAUACUCCCUUCGGCGUCCCUCCCUUUCACCACGCACGAGGCACGUUGUGGUAUGUCUUGUUGAUGGUUAUAUGAGGGGUUCUUGAUCCUCCAAGUCACCUCCCAUCUUCAUCAUCCAUAAUGUCUUCUACCACAUCCUUCCCACCUUUACCCUCACCAGGACUCGAGCAGUCUGGGUGGUGGCCAUCAGAACGAGGUGCAAAAUCUCGAUUCAGAGCCUUCUUCAGCCGGACCAAGUCUCAAGAUAAGGUACCAAGACAGUAUGUCGAGACUUUCCCUCCUCACCCGAGUGUACAACCGCUUGAGCCCGCCGCCAAACGAUCACGAAGCACGACGUGGUCAAAGGGCCCCAAACAACCCCCCAGGAAUGUAACUUCGGAUCCACCUCCCUUGUUUCAUGCAUACACGCAAGCUAGAAUGCAUGAGAUUCUCGACAUUCCGUCAUCAUUCACAGAUGGCCUUUUUCGAAAUGGUCACACUCGGCGAAACAGCAUUUCGAGUGAGACACCGUCAAGAUCUAGCCUCGAGAACGCGUCUGAGGAGCCCAGCUUUAAGCAUAACCGAAACUGGUCAGGUGCCAGCACUUGCUCUCUGAGUCAGAGGUUGUUCAUCCUGACAACAUCGGGGUAUGUCCUGCAGUACACUGCCGACGGACUGAACGAUCGGCUGCCGGAGAAGAUCCUUGAACUCGGGCCUGGAUCUGUGGCCUUUGCCAGUGACGCCAUUCCUGGUAAACAUUGGGUUCUCCAGAUCUCUCGUGAUGGCCGCGCACACCACACUCACCAGGCCAACAAGGGUUCUUGGUCCAAGUGGUCUUUCAAGCAUCCCGAUAACAAGAAAGCCGUUGGUGAUCUCCUGCUCGUCUUCGAUGACGCCGCAUCCUUCAAGGACUGGCUUCAAGCCGUUCGCAAAGAGAUCGCAGACCUGGGUGGUCUGGAGUACCGUCCAGACUCUAGGCAAGAAGAUGCCAGGUCUGAGCGUCAGUCCCUCAAGGCCCAGAGAAGUCUACCAAGCUUGUCCCAAUCUACACCACACCUGCCAGUGUCUGCUCAACCACAAUCACCCACCUUGCUACCUCCAAUGACACGGUGGACCACUUCUCGCAACGUCUCGCGCUCAACCACGGAAUCGUCCAUUCACACCUUGAACGACCUCGACCGCCUUCGCAAGCCGUCCUUUUCCGACAAUCAAUCCGUUUCUACCACCCAUACUAGCUUCACUGGGUCCACCAUCUCCUACAGGGAUGAAUCCUUCUCCAGUGUGGACGACAAUCCUCUUCCUACUUAUCCUCCGACACGCUUGUCUACCCCUACUCAAGAUGAAGUGGGCGAGUUGUCAAUGUUCAUGGCCACUCCGAAGAAGACAAUUCAUAUUCCCAAGAGAAUAAUCCCACAGGAGAAUCAUCCUGACGUGAUCAGCCAUGACUUGUUUGUGCAGAGCAAUGAUUCCAGCAGCACAACAAUUGCGCACAAAUCGAGACCAAUCUCGACCGUCGCUCCUCUACCGGAGCCUGGUCACAUCAGGAAAAUCUCUGCCCGCUACCGAUACGAAGCGGCGCCUUUGCCUACACAACCGAACACCCCUACAUCUUCUCGCCCUUCGAGCAUCCGAAGCAGAAGCUCUUCAUAUACAUCCUUCACUCAGGACUCUUCACCUGGCGGCACUCGACCACGGACGGCAUCGUACAGCCUUUUCCCUAAGACGUCUUCGACCGAACCUUCUCAAAUUUAUGUGCCAAGCGGGAUGCCAUCUCCUCCUGCGACCACACCAGGAACUGCCUACGAGAGUAUGUGCACCUAUCCCUACUCCCAAGACGUCACCGAUGAAGAGAAAUCGAGGCCGUCAUCAAGAGUCAGCCGUACUACAUCCCGCCGAAACGGCAAGAUGCUUUCGGUCGACUCCAAAGCCGCACAGUCGACGACCACAGACCAACCGCAGCGCUCGCCCGCCGUGACCGACGCCCACGUGGAAACGUGCUUCGGCACACAAGCUCAUCCGUCUGCACCGCGUCGCAAACUCUCAGCUAAGGGCUCUAUGGGCGUGAUCACAACCACGACGCUCGAAGCAUCACCCCUACCUAAUGUGCCGACCUUGUCACAGCCUCCGCGUAAGGCACGCCAUGUCAAGGGCCAGAAGAGCAUGCCUGCCUUGCAUCGCAGUGUUACCAUGCUGCCCCUGGGUCCGCCUCCCACUGGCCCGCUUCCUGCACUACCGGUCGAAGCGACGAGCUGUCUGCCAUUGAAGAAGUUGAGCUGUAUGUCGAGCUCUGGCUCAGGUUCUCAGAAGAGGCCAAGGCCACCACCGAAACAUGCCAAGGCCGAAUCGUCGGAUGCGGUGUUCACUCUACGCAAGGUGCAGGACGUAUCUGCGGCGCCGAUGCCAACGCCAACACCUCUUGACCUGCUCAACAAGCCAUUACCUAUGCCAAAGCGCGAGGACAAGGUCGAGCCUGAGGAGCCAGCAAAGAUCGAGUCGGCGGCUCAUCAUACAAGGAAUAUGUCCUCCUUAUCCUCCGUCGGGAGCGUCAGACAUGUGACGGCGUGGCUCGCGAGUCCCAGGGUCGCCGAGUUUUCGGCCAAGUAUGGACUCGACGACAGCGACAAGGAGAAUGAGAACGGGAAAGAGAGUGAGCACAAGUUUUUGCAAGUCGCCCUGCCGGAUGGAUUGGGGUUUAGUGCCGAGUUUGAGGAGUUUAUUGCGCCUUGAAUGCCUUGAGGCUCACGCUACUGCUUCUCGUCGACUUUGGCUUAAGGAAUGAAUUUUAACGUUUGCAAUGAUCGAUGUUACACAUGCUGGAAAUGCAAUGAAUGGAAAUGGAAUGGAAUGACACGAAAAGGACCAACAGGAUUUUAUGACGGAUCAUGAUUAUUUUCCGAAAAGCACGGCGACUGCCUCGCUGUGGCUGUAUGAUGGAAUGAUACUGGGGACCUGCUACUGUCCAGGUCAGGGAGUUCUUUUGAUAUUUUACAUAUGAAUGGACAUGAGCAUUCACUCGA